AUGCGCCACGGGAACAAGAGCAUCAGGUUACUGGAUGGGUACAUACAUAUGACAUCCUUCUUCAUUAAAGUUUGUCUGUGGCUAACAUGUUUCGUACUAGUGCCUUAUACAUCGAUUUCAUCUCUGAAUCUUGUUCAAGCAGUCCAGCUGCUGCCUAGUCAGCGUGCAAUAUAUCGCAAUGGAUUCCCUCAACACCACCGAGCAUUCCUCUUCGGCGUGCCACCGCGUGUUGACAACCUGUCACUUGUUACGACACGAAAAGGCGCAUUAUCGCAAGGGCUGAGGCAUACCGCCACUUAUCGCAAAAUAUCGGGGCCGUGUAUCAAUGUCCAUCGUCCAACUGCUCUGGGAUUGUUCGGUGGUUUGUCAGGAUGGUUUUCCAACGCAAUCGGCAGCCGGUGGUAUGUGCCUCCGAUGCCUACUGGCAAGCUUGCGUCCACUAUUCUGCGCAAACACGGUCCGCUGCAGACAGAAGAGGAAACAAAAAGCUUCUUCGAGCUGAUCGGCGCACACCGCGAUGCCGAUUUGGUGGAGAUAGGACAGGCGUACGAGCACGCCGUUGACACACUUCCGGAGGACAUGCGCGAGGUGCUGAAGCGGUCUUUUCACGAGUUCCUCCGGAAGCAGUUUGUGGAAGCCUUCGAGCACAUGGAGUCGUUCAUUAAGCGCGGACCAGUCGCCUGGGAGGAGUAUUGGGACCCUUCAAAGGACGCAUAUGGCAAUCCAGUUGUCAGCAAGUUCGCCACACCCGAAGAGGAGGACCAAGCCAUGGCAGACCUCAUGCCACCAGAGUUAGACGUGUCGAAGUUCCGCGAAUACUGGCGCAAGAACAGUUCGCGCUUCAACACGAUGAUGAACAAGGUGGACAUGACGUCAAGGGUACGCCUGACCAGCAACUUUGGAGGAAGGCUACUGAAGUGCACUACUACGAUGAUUCCGGUCAUGAUCAUGGGACUGUUCCCGCAGUUUUCUUCAAUGUCCGUGGCAUUACAGGGUCUACUGGCGUCGGGGUUCAUAUUCAAGGGCGACCGUGCUGCCAUCCUCGCGAGAGAGAAGAAAAGCCUGGAACCAGGCCCCGCAGCGGCUCCGCCGGCACGGUCACCCUCAUCGAGGACGUUACUUACAUCGGCGGUUCUCUGUGUCCACAGCCUGCUGGGUAUAGGUGCUGCUAAGCUUAUGGAGCAUUACACGGCGGUGUUGGAAUACUUGACUCCCCAGAUCCUGAAAGUUGCCAGCAUCAACUUCCAGUUCCUUAUCGCAGCCUUGUUGUGGGACACCAGCGAUCUUACACCAUCCGGCCACGCCAAGCUCGAAGAGCGCCGCAUGUCCAAAAUCACAGACACUCUGACAGACAUUGUGGAUUAA